AUGCUGAGCGCAAGAUCGAUCGCCAGCAAAAGGUGUCUGGCAACCCAGGCCCAAAAACUUACUUCAGAACUUUCCGGGUCACGUGUCGCUCCACCUUACGCCAAGCUCAUCGCCAACCUCGACAAGGUCAGAGCCAUCACCAACAACACACCACUCACGCUAGCUGAAAAAAUCCUAUAUUCACAUCUGUGUGACCCGGAAGAAUCUCUCACAUCUUCGAAUCUGCACGAUAUCCGCGGUCUACAAUACCUCAAACUAAAUCCUGACCGUGUUGCCAUGCAAGAUGCAUCAGCACAGAUGGCGCUACUACAGUUCAUGACCACUGGUCUACCAGAGACUUCGGUUCCCGCUUCGAUCCACUGUGACCAUCUGAUUGUCGGGAAAGACGGCGAAACUAAGGAUUUAGCAUCCUCGAUUGCCACAAACAAAGAAGUCUUCGACUUCUUACAAAGUUGUGCCGACAAAUACGGUAUUCAAUUUUGGGGCCCCGGCUCUGGUAUUAUUCACCAAAUCGUGCUGGAAAAUUUCUCGGCUCCUGGUCUCAUGAUGCUCGGAACUGACUCUCAUACACCAAACGCAGGUGGUCUUGGUGCAAUCGCCAUUGGUGUUGGCGGUGCUGAUGCCGUUGAUGCCUUGACUGGUACACCUUGGGAACUCAAGGCUCCUAAAGUUCUUGGUAUCAAGCUCACCGGUCGUAUGCACGACUGGACAUCGCCCAAAGACGUUAUAACGAAACUCGCUGGUGUUCUUACCGUAAGAGGUGGUACCGGCUAUAUCGUUGAAUACUUUGGAGAAGGUGUUGAGUCUUUGUCAUGCACAGGAAUGGCCACCAUCUGUAAUAUGGGUGCUGAGAUUGGAGCCACUACUUCAACGUUCCCCUACCAGCAAGCACACGCUCGCUACCUACAGGCUACUGGAAGAGCCGAACUAGCCAAAUUGGCUGAUAACGCUGCCCGCAACCACAAUUUCCUAAGCGCUGAUCAAGGUGCCCAAUACGAUAAGGUAAUCGAAAUCAAUUUGAGUGAGUUGGAACCUCACGUCAAUGGACCAUUUACACCGGACUUAUCCACCCCUAUAUCUGAAUAUGGUCCGAAGACUUUGAAAGAAAACUGGCCUCAGAAAAUCUCCGCCGGUCUGAUCGGUUCUUGUACCAACUCGUCUUACCAGGAUAUGACCAGAGCUGCGGAUCUUGUGAGACAGGCAUCUAGUGCUGGAUUGAAGCCACGCAUUCCCUUUUUUGUCACGCCAGGAUCAGAGCAGAUCAGAGCUACUUUAGAAAGAGACGGCCUAAUUAAGACUUUUGAAGACAAUGGUGCUAUUGUUCUAGCAAACGCUUGUGGCCCAUGUAUCGGACAAUGGGAUAGACAAGACGUCAACAAGACUUCUAGUGAGGAAAACUCUAUUUUCACCUCUUUCAACCGUAACUUCAAGGCUAGAAACGACGGGAACAGAAACACAAUGAACUUUUUAACGUCACCAGAAAUGGUCACUGCAAUGAUCUAUUCUGGCGAUGCUCAGUUUAAUCCUAUGCUAGACUCGAUCAAGCUGGAGGAUGGCACAGAUUUCACAUUCAAGCCUCCAAAGGGUGUUGAACUACCGCAGCGCGGCUUCUUGUCCGGAAGACAAGAGUUUUAUCCUCCACAAAAUCCUUCUCCUGAUGCUACAGUGGAAGUGAGGGUGUCCCCUACUUCCGACCGUCUGCAGUUGCUGGAACCCUUCAAACCCUGGAACGGUCAAGAGCUGAAAACAAAUGUUCUUUUGAAGGUUGAGGGAAAAUGCACCACCGAUCACAUCUCUGCCGCUGGUGUCUGGUUGAAAUACAAAGGCCAUUUGGAAAACAUUUCUUAUAACACUUUAAUUGGUGCUCAGAACAAAGAGACUGGGGAAGUAAACAAGGCAUAUGAUUUCGAUGGUGCAGCUUAUGGCAUUCCAGAGCUGAUGAUGAAAUGGAAGCAAGAAAAAAGACCAUGGACUGUGGUAGCUGAGCACAACUACGGUGAAGGAUCGGCCAGAGAGCAUGCUGCAUUAUCUCCAAAAUUUCUUGGAGGCGAAAUUAUUUUAGUCAAGUCCUUUGCCAGAAUUCAUGAAACCAAUUUGAAAAAGCAAGGUAUGUUGCCUCUAACAUUUGCCAACGAAUCUGACUACGAUCUCAUAUCUUCCGGUGACGUUUUGGAGACAUCAGGUUUGAAAGAACUGGUUGCCAAGGACGGUGACAAUGGUGGUGAACUAGACGUCACAGUUACAAAGCCAUCUGGUGAAUCAUUCAACAUAAAAACGAAGCACACCAUGUCAAAAGACCAGGUCGCUUUCUUCAAGGCUGGCUCAGCUAUCAAUUACAUUGGCGAGAUAAGCCGCGCUUAA